UUACGCUUUGGACUGUACCAUUUCCCUCCUUCCUUUGCUCCUUGUUUGGGGUUUCCGUGUAGCAAAGCAACCGGAGUCGGAGGCGGCUAGAAGAGGAGAGGAGGAGUGCGAGUAGCGCCCGGGCAGUUUGCCAACAAUCGUGAGAAAUUGAGCAGUCUGGCUCCAAAUCUCUUCCUUCACCCUACUGCCAUUCCCUCUUCUACAAAUUAACUUUUGGAUUGAUGGUUGAUUCGACCUACAGGAGAAAAAUCUUGCAGCUGGUUCAGAACUGGGCCCUACAGAUGUGCCUCGUUGAAGAUUGUACAGGAAUUCCUUAUACUUGUGUAUAUCUGUGAAGACCCAUAACCAGCAGAAUUACCAAACGUGUGUGAACUCAAUGUCUAACCAAGGAGAUGACUGCUAUUUUUUUUUCUACUCCACCUGCACGAAGGGGGACAGCUGUGCUUUCCGGCACUGUGAGGCUGCCUUAGGAAAUGAAACUGUUUGCAGUCUGUGGCAGGAAGGUCGUUGUUUCCGCCAAAUAUGCAAGUUUCGCCACAUGGAAAUUGAUAAAAAGCGCAGUGAAAUUGCCUGCUACUGGGAAAACCAGAUUUCUGGGUGUCAGAAGGCAAACUGUGCUUUUCAUCACACAAAGGGAAGAUUUGUAGAUGGAGCAUACUUUCCUCCAAGUAAGGCAGUGGCAAAGCCUGAACCAUCUGAUCCAGAUGUGCAGACCUCUGUACGGUUGGCAGCUCCAGCUAAGCUUUCUGGGGCCCCUACGCCGCAGAUACGUGGGGUAAAAAAAAUGGAGGCCACGGAGAAUGUUCCAAGCCCUACACAUCCACCUGUGGUGAUUAAUGCAGCAGAUGAUGAUGAAGAUGAUGAUGAUCAAUUUUCAGAAGAAGGUGAGGAGAUAAAGAGUUCUGCCCAACAUUGUUUAGCACCAGGAAAUCAACAAGGAACUACUGUAGUAUCUACUAGAAAAUCACUGACGCCUAGAAAAGAUGUUGACUUAAACUAUGGUAUUAAAACCCUAAAAGAAAUUAAGUCUGAAAAACAGAAGAAUCAAGGAGUAGCCAAUGAUCCUCUAGCUUCCCCAGAGAUUUUAGUUUCAUCUUUCAACCAAAUCGACAGCAGCAUUUCAGUUCUGCGAACUGUCAAGUUCACCAACAAAGAUUCAACAACAAAACUUAGUUUGGCACAAAGACUUGGGAAGCGCAAAACAUUCCAUGAAAACAGCUCUAUAGGUAGUGCUUCUGGUGGAGAGGUUCUUCCUUUUGUGAAGAAAACAUUAUCAGAAAGACUUGGGAAGAAGAUUACCCCAUCUACUGAUAGCCCUGAGUGUCUACCAAAGAAAGAGACAGCUGCUACUACAGCAACUGACUUCCGCAUUAAGACUCUUGAAGAAAUCCGUCAGGAAAAAGCCAAUCAAAGGCUGGAGCAAGAGACCACAAGUUUACCUUCUGAAAGUAGAGAUAAAAUCUGUAUAAAAAACAAGCUUUCCUCAAAGACUCAGACAGGGAUUUACAUUAAAUCUUUGGGUGAAAUUCAAGCAGAAAAGAGGCUAAGACAACUGAAAGAUGGGAUACAGAAACAAGAGAACGCGAAAGAUGACCUAGACAACAAGGCAAAUAAGGUGACCGGGCACAAAGAUGGAAAUACAGCACAAAAUAAUACAAUCCCAACUGAUGCUACACAAAAACAGAUUAAUUUUAUUCAGAAAGUUCAGGAGGAAAGACAGUUUAAACAGCCUCUUGUAAAUGACAAUAUUUCCAGCAGUGUUGGCACCACUAAACCUCUUUCUGUGAGUUUAAAAGGGCCUAAACAAAGCUCACAGUCAAUAGAGAAAGUUAGAGUCAAGACGCUUGACGAGAUCAGACAAGAGAAAGCUUUCCGUCUCCAGCAAACUGCCAAAUCGGAGAAUGUGGAUUAUGAAUCUCAACCACAGUCUCCACCAAAGCACAAGAAGAGCCUUAGAUUCUCCAAAAUCCCAGGAAGUACAGAAGCAAAAAUGGACCAGUCAACUGCAGAGCCAAGCCUGCCUACAAAUAAAGCUGCUGAAGAGGAGAAUCAGGUAUCCAUGACAUUCGGAUCUCCUGUCAAAACCUCCAAUAAAGAGCCAUGUAAAAAAGAUGUAGACACCAAACCGAAGAGUGGUGCAGUUAUUACAGACUUUCAAACGUCAGCACUCGCAGAUGGAAGCAAUGCAGAAGUUCUGAAGUCAACUAUACUAACCGUUCAAAAGAAAGGUAAACCAAAAUUAAAUGUUGAGCUGUGUGUGGUGAAAAAUCCAUUACCUGUCAAAGCAGCCAUGAAGCAGAAAGCACAAGAAAGAACUAUUGUUGCUGAAGUUAAACCCAUGAACUCUGCUGUAACCUGCAGCGAAGGCAAGAGGGCAGCCGAAAUGCUUCCAGUAAUAGAUUCUUCUGAGGAGCCUUCAACUGACUGUAUACCACAAAAGCGUCUCAAAAUCAGCUCCCAGGCUAGCGCAUCUUUACCAUGUGCUUCUGUCACAGUACAACCACCCUUGAAGUCUCCAAGGACAAGUACCGCAUCUGUGGGGAAAACUUCUAUGUCCGCAGAGGAUGAGUUUGAUGAGCUUAUGUGGGAAAUUUCUGAUGAUAAACUAGAGGCUGAAUUGGAGCUUGAUUCAAAUAAAGAUGAAGAUGCCCUUCUUCUGGAGUUAUCAAAAAUGAUUGACAGCUGAUCCUAAAAUAAUUUAUAUUGUAAAGAUUAAGUACAUGUAAAUAAAUACCGAGGCACAGCAGUGUAUCAAUUUUAAUCGCAAGUUAGGAAAAACCUCAUAAUGGUUUGGCAUCUAGCCUUAAAUUGGGUUUACUCUGCUUAAUGUAGAUAUUCAUAUUUUCUGAUCUAAAUCCCAAGCAAAACAAAUAUAAAUUCUUUUUAGGCAAUUUAUAACUACAAACCUUUAUGUUCUGAUGCUCUUGUUUUGCCUUUUUCAAGACUAUUUUACUUGUUUUUUUAUCAUUAGACUGAAACAAGUGAUUUAAUUUUUUAUUUUAUUUUUAUUCUUUUUUUUAUAAGAUGUAAAUUUACUUCCUGUCUAUUUGAAAUUUUGAAUUGGAAAUCAAAGAAAUCAAAGUAUUCAGAAGGGCAUCUUUAUUGCUCCACUGGUGAGGGUUUUUUUCAUAGAAAUAUUACAAGUAUUACAAAUGCAUUAUUUGACUCAAAAGUGCCCGGAGCAGCAGUUACUAUAUCAGAAGUAAAACCAAGCUGUAAUUCUUUUCUCAGGAAAAGCUUUUACUAUUGAAUCAUGCAUUAUUGUAUUAUUAAAGACAGGUUAAAGGAAACCUUUGACUAUUUUUACUUAACCUUAUUAGAUGUACAUAUUUAUAUUUCCUAAUUUAGUAAAAAAUAAAAAAAAAUGCAUUUUUAUCUUAUUGGUUAAAUCACCUUGUGUAAUGCACCAUAUUCAUGUCUAAUCUAAUCAGAAACAGAAUGUUUAUUUUAUUAGUUAAAUCACGUAGUAUGUGCCAUAUUAGUUGGUAGCAUUUAGUAAUUUCAAGUUCUGUUACUUUCCUUUAUGGGAGAUUUAUUUUUGAACAAGCUCAGGUAUCAAAGAUAAACUAUUAGCAACAGAUGAAUAUCUAGUGGAGGAGAUUAAAUAAAAACUAGAUUUCUUCUUACUGCCAUAUUCAUGUUCACUACUGUUCCAUUUAAUGUUCAAUUUUGCACUGUAUUUUUAAAUCUUGUUAUUCUCACAGUAAAUACAUUACUUUUUAAUGCCUUUUAUUUUUUUUGCUUCUCCCAACUGCCAUGUUUUUGAAUUGUUGUACAAAAUAUUGUAUGUUGGUUGAAAUGACUGAACCGAAUAAAAUUUAACUUUGCUAUUUUCUAACA